AUGUCCUACCUUCAAGCUAUCCCCGCCGACGGCAAGACCGACGAGCAGCGCUAUGACGAGUUCAUCUCCUACAUGUUCGAGGAGGGCGUCAUUGAGAAGGCUCUCGAGAACGACUACGAUGGCGAGUACCAGGGUCUUAUUCAAGAGAAGAUUGCUGCCGAUCUGUCUCCCAUCGGCAUGGUCUACGACCCCGAGGACAAGGAGCUGUCUGCCGCUCGUCACCGCGCCAUGCUGGUCCGCGCUGGAAUUGACGGCGAAGUCCGUGAAUUGUGCAAGAGCCUUGAUGAUAACAUUAAGUACGAUCUUUCUGAGGAGGACCUGGCCACGAUCAAGGAGUUGGAGCUGACCGAGGAGGAGAUUGAGGAUAACAUUAUUGUUCGCCCCUUCUGCCUGUACGAGGUGGAUAUCUCUCACAUGUACAAGAAGGAUUUCAAGGAUCUGCCCGAGAACGCCGUUGACUUUGCCAAGAUUACCCUUGAACACGAGAUGGACUGCGCUUAUGAGGAUUCCGAGGAUGAGGGUGAUGAUGACUGGGAGAUGAGGACCAAUGAGGAGGAUGAGGAGGAGGACGAUGAGGAGGAGGAUGAUGAGGAGGAAGAGGAGGCCACUUCCAAGGGCAAGUCUGCUGCCGCCGAUGUUGAUGAGGAUGAGGAUGAUGAGCAUGUCCAUGGCGAGCACUGUAGCCACAGCCAUGACGCCAUCAACCUCAGCGACGAGGAGUUCCCCUUCGAGGAUGAUGAGGUCACUGCCGGUCCCGCCGAGCUUGGCCUUGCCCUUCUCAAGGACCACAAGCAGAGGUUGUCUCCUGCUGGAGAAGGUCUCUGGCUCCAAGGUGACUCGUUCAAGACCUACCACUUCCCCGGCCGCUACUACGUCGUUGCCUGGCUCAAGGACUUUGGUAUCUACGGUAUCCGCAUUUCUUACCCCAUGAUCGUCGACGACGACUCGGAUGACGAGUUUGCGGAUGAGGAUGAUGACGAGGAGGAUGAUGACGAGGAGGAGGAGUCUGGCUCGAGCAGCAAGAAGUAA